AUGUCGGUACUGGAAGAUGCAAACUUAUCAGAGGAGGUGAUGAUCAAAAUAAGAAACAUAAUGGAGAGGAAUCCAUAUGCAAAAUUCUUCUCACAGCUUAAAGAACAUACAAGCUUUCAAAAUAUGGAAAUACGCAUAGCUGCAAAUGCAUCAUUAGACCAAAGGGUUUAUAACAAACCAUCAGUGGAUCAGGUGGCAGCUAUUUGGGUAGACGGUAACAAUCCAAAUAUACCGUUUGAACGAGAUAUUGCAGUACAUGAACACUCAGGUUAUAAACAUCGAGUCAAACAUUAUUAUGGAUGUUAUGAUCCACUUCAAUAUCCUCUAAUACUUCCUAAAGGAGAAGGAGGUUGGCAUCAAGGAAUACAAAAGUGUCGCAAUCCAAUAAAAAACAGUCAAAGAGCGGCGUUACCAAGUCACCAAAUAGGUAGAUCAUCAUUCACAAAUGCCGCAGAGAUGUUUGCCCAUGAAGAACAAGGUGUACGACGCGAAACAAAAGGUUCGAUUUCCUGCAGGGAGUACUACUGUUAUAAACUACAAGUCCGAACAAGUGACAAGUCCAUAUUGUUACUGUGCGGGAGAUUGUUGCAGCAGUUUGUUGUGGACAUAUACAUCAAAAUAGAAACAACAAGACUUGAAUAUUAUAGAUUAGAGCAAUCAAAUUAUCGAAGGGAGAUACUCGAAGGUAUUGUGGAUAGUGUCACGGCAGGCGAGAGUAGAGGGGACAAGGUAGGACAAAGGGUAUUACUGCCAGGAUCGUUCAUUGGAGGCCCCAGGGAUAUGCGACGACGCUAUAUGGAUGCUAUGGCGUUGGUUCAAAAGUUUGGAAGACCAGACCUAUUCAUCACCAUGACAUGUAACCCAGAAUGGAUUGAGAUUCAACAAGCCUUGCUUCCAGGUCAACUACCUCAAGACAGGCCAGAUUUGGUUACCAGAGUGUUUCGAGCAAAAUUACAAGACUUGAAAGAUCAAAUCUUCAAAAAAGAAAUAUUUGGACCGAUUGCAGCACAUGUUUUUGUGGUAGAAUUUCAGAAAAGAGGCCUACCACAUAUACACCUGCUUCUAAUAUUUAAAGAAGGUAAUAAGAUACGAUCAGCAGACGAGUAUGAUAGAUACAUUUCUGCCGAAAUCCCGGAUAGUGACACACAUCCAGAAUUGAGGGCAUUAGUUGUAAGACAUAUGAUACAUGGACCUUGCGGUGAAAAACGAAAGACAAGCCCAUGUAUGAAGGAUGGACAAUGUAAAUUUCACUACCCACGAACAUUCAACAACAAAACAAUACAAGGAAAGGAUGGAUAUCCAAUUUACAAAAGAGAAAUGAUGGGAAAACAAGUGAGGUCCGGGGAAUGA